AUGCCUCCUCUUAAGACCUUGACAUCUCGUGAUCUAUAUACUGUUGGAUGGAUCUCCGCUCUUCCGCUGGAGCGGGCAGCGGCAACGGCGAUGCUUGAUGAGAAACAUGAAAAACCACUCGAUUUUAACCAGCCUCAUAGCGACUCAAAUUCAUAUACUUGGGGACGGAUUGGUGACCACAACGUGGUCAUUGCAUCGCUUGCGGCGGGGAAAUAUGGCACGACGUCCGCGGCAGCAACUGCAUUGCCCAUGCUCGUCUCCUUUCCGCAGAUAAGAAUCGGCCUUCUGGUGGGAAUCGGAGCUGGCAUACCCAGGCCCGACAAAGGCCGCGACAUUCGCCUUGGUGACGUUGCCGUCAGCCAGCCUCGUGGAAACAGUGCUGGCGUCAUCCAGUACGAUCUGUUUAAAGCGAAGGCUGGAAAUCAGCGUGAAGGAGUAGCUUUCCUUAACAGACCACCCGAGGUUCUUCUUCAUGCAUUAGCGAACAUACAGGCAGAGCAUGAACUCGAGCCACCAAAGCUUCUUGAGUAUAUUGACGAAGCGAUGGGCCGCUAUUCCAAAUUAGCCAAGCAGGGCUAUGUGCACCAGGGAUUUGAAAAUGAUCGCCUAUUCAAGACCUCAGACCCUAACGAAGAAACCCAGAGGAGACCUCGUGACUCAACAGAUCCCGAAAUUCACUAUGGUAUCAUUGCUUCUGGCAACACUCUUUUCAAGGAUGCCGCUUACAGGGAUGCAAUCCUGGAGGAUAUUGGAGAUGAAUGUAUCUGCUUUGAAAUGGAAGCUGCGGGUCUGAUGAACAAUUUUCCAUGUCUUGUGAUCAGGGGAAUAUGUGAUUAUGCUGACUCACACAAGAAUGACCGAUGGCAACGAUAUGCUGCUAUAACCGCGGCUGCAUAUGCAAAGGAGAUUCUCGCUUUCGUCCCCUGUCAAGGGCUCCAGAGAACACAGAAGGCUAUUGAUAUUAUGGACGAUAUCUCAGAAAACGUUGGCGCUAUUUAUUCCCUUGCAACGGACACGAGGGCUAUGGUCGAAAAUAUAGGCCUAGACAACCGAUCUCUGAGGAUAGAAAAGUGGCUAUGUCCUCCCGAUCCUUCAAUCAACCUGAACGAAGCGCAGAAGAAGCGUCAAAUUGGAACAGGUUCCUGGUUUCUCGACGGCGAACCAUUCAAGAAAUGGAAGACUGGGCAAUGUCAACACCUGUGGUUACAUGGGAUUCCAGGCUGUGGAAAGACAGUUCUUUGUGCAGCAAUCAUUGAGGAUCUCAACCAGCAAACUGAUUUAUCUCAUAUUGUUCUUGACUUCUUCUUUAACUUUACUGAUGCUGAUAAACAGUCACUCGAUAAACUUGUCCGCUCGCUUGUUGCACAGCUGUAUUCAAAAUGUGACAAGUCUCGAGAAGAGCUUGAAAGACUCUUUUCCUCCUGCGAGAAUGGGCACAAACAGCCCACAUUUGAAUCCCUCUCCACUACUUUCAUGCAAAUGGCAAAAUAUGCCGGAAAGAUUCAAAUUGUUUUAGACGCUCUAGACGAGUGCCUUACAAGGAGAGAUUUACUCUCUUGGUUGAAAAGCCUCGCAUGCUCGGGGUAUACAGGACUCCAUCUCCUUUCCACUAGUCGGAAAGAAGAGGAUAUCGAAUCAGAACUGAAGCAGUGGCUGCAUCAAGGGAAUAUUGUUUCCAUUCAGCAAGCUGGUGUGAACCAUGAUAUCCGCCUGUAUGUCCACAGGCGACUUCGAAAUGAGCGUGGCUUUGAGAGGUGGCGUUCUGAACCAUCGGUGUAUGAUGAAAUCGAGACUCAACUUAUGGAAAAAUCUGAUGGAAUGUUCAGGUGGGCUGCAUGCCAGCUCGAUAUUCUACAAGAUUGCCUAGAUCUCCGAAUGCUUAGGAAAUCGCUCAAUUCUCUACCUAAGACGUUGGAGGAGACAUACGCUCGAAUCCUAGCAAGCAUUGACAGAAGCUAUCGCCACUAUGCAAUAAGGGUACUGCAAUUCCUCACUUAUUCGAAUCGACCUUUGACCAUCCAAGAAGCUAUUGAUAGUAUAGUAGUCGAGCCUGACGGAAAUCCCACUUUCAACGCCAAGCUUAGGAUGCCAGAAACGCGAGAAAUUAUAAGACUUUGUUCCAGUCUAGUCUCUCUUGUGACACGAUAUGAUAACCUGAGGGGAGAGCCAAUAAUGGAGCUUCAAUUAGCGCAUUUUUCGGUUGAGCAAUACCUGAAAUCCGGACAGAUUAAAGAAACUUUCCCAGAGGAAUUGACCAAAGUUGGUGAGAUGUUUCAAAACGGGUUGAAUGAAAUCACUGCAAAAGGAUUAAUUACAAGAGUUUGCCUGGCAUACUUGUCGCAAAUGGACGAACUGUGUCCAAUCGAUAAAAUCGACGAAGAAUUCCCGCUCGCGGAAUACUGCGCAAACUAUUGGAUGGACCAUGCAAGGCCUGUGGAAACCGAAAAGAUUGUUCAAGAAAGCGUUUUGAGCUUCUUUCUUGAGUGUAGAGGGGGGUAUGUAGUCUGGGAAUGGCUUUUCGAGCGAGGAAUAUCUGGAUGGACGCACAAAAGACUACCUGAACCGAUACAAACUCCAGUAUACUAUGCAUCGCUCGCUGGUCUCCGACAUACGGUAGAGAUACUAUUGAAUAAAGGUGUCGAUGUCAACGCUCAAGGAGGAUUUUAUAGUAAUGCUCUCCAGGCUGCUUCUCAAAACGGAUAUCUCGAGAUUGUGCAACUACUACUUGAGAAAGGGGCAGAUAUCAAUGCUCCGGGAGAUAAUGGUAAUGCUCUCCAGGCUGCUUCUCACAAUGGACAUCUCGAGAUUGUGCAACUACUACUCGAGAAAGGAGUGGAUAUCAAUGCUCAGGGAGAUGAUGGCGAUGCUCUCCAGGCUGCUUCUCAAAAUGGAUAUCUCGAGAUUGUGCAAUUACUAAUCGAGAAAGGGGCAGAUAUCAAUGCUCAGGGAGGAUAUUAUGAAAAUGCUCUCCACGCUGCUUCUCGAAAUGGAUAUCUCAAUAUUGUACAACUACUACUUGAGAAAGGGGCAGAUAUCAAGGCUCAGGGAGAUAAUAGUCUCCAGGUUGCUUCUCAAAAUGGACAUCUUAAGAUUGUGCAACUACUACUUGAGAAAGGGGCAGAUAUCAAUGCUCAGGGAGGAUUUUAUAAUAAUGCUCUCCAGGCUGCUUCUCAAAACGGACAUCUCAAUAUUGUACAACUACUACUUGAGAAAGGAGCAGAUAUCAAUGCUCAGGGAGGAUGUUAUGAUAAUGCUCUCCAGGCUGCUUCAGAAGGCGGACAUCUCGAGAUUGUGCAACUACUACUUGAGAAAGGGGCAGAUAUCAAGGCUCAGGAAGAUAAUAGUCUCCAGGUUGCUUCUGAAAAUGGACAUCUUGAGAUUGUGCAACUACUACUUGAGAAAGGGGUAGAUAUUAAUGCUCAGGGAGGAUUUUAUAAUAAUACUCUCCAGGCUGCUUCUCAAAACGGACAUCUCGAGAUUGUGCAAUUGCUACUCGAGAAAGGGUCAGACAUCAAUGCUCAGGGAGGAUAUUAUGAUAAUGCUCUCCACGCUGCUUCUCACAAUGGAUAUCUUGAGAUUGUGCAAUUACUACUCGAGAAAGGGGCAGAUGUCAAUGCUCAGGGAGAUGAUGGCGAUGCUCUCCACGCUGCUUCUCAAAACGGACAUCUCGAGAUUGUGCAAUUGCUACUCGAGAAAGGGGCAGAUAUUAAUUCUCAGGGAGAUGAUGGCGAUGCUCUCCAGGCUGCUUCUCAAAACGGACAUCUCAAGAUUGUACAACUACUACUUGAGAAAGGGGCAGAUGGCGAUGCUCUCCAGGCUGCUUCAAAAGUCAGACAUCUCAAGAUUGUGCAACUACUACUUGAGAAAGGGGCAGAUAUCAAUGCUCAGGAAGAUAAUAGUCUCCAGGAUGCUUCUCAAAACGGAUAUCUCGAGAUUGUGCAAUUACUAAUCGAGAAAGGGGUGGAUAUCAAUGCUCAGGGAGAUAAUAGUCUCCAGGCUGCUUCUACAAAGGGAUAUCUCGAGAUUGUGCAAUUGCUACUUGAGAAAGGGGCAGAUGGCGAUGCUCUCCAGGCUGCUUCAAAAGUCAGACAUCUCAAGAUUGUGCAACUACUACUUGAGAAAGGGGCAGAUAUCAAUGCUCAGGAAGAUAAUAGUCUCCAGGAUGCUUCUCAAAACGGAUAUCUCGAGAUUGUGCAAUUACUAAUCGAGAAAGGGGUGGAUAUCAAUGCUCAGGGAGAUAAUAGUCUCCAGGCUGCUUCUACAAAGGGAUAUCUCGAGAUUGUGCAAUUGCUACUCGAGAAAGGGGUAGAUAUUAAUGCUCAGGGAGAUAGUAGUCUCCAGGCUGCUUCUUAUCGUGGACAUCUCGACAUUGUGCAACUGCUACUCGAGAAAGGGGCAGACAUCAAUGCUCAGGGAAAUCAUAGUCUCCAAGCUGCUUCUCAAAAUGGACAUCUUGAGAUUGUGCAAUUACUACUUGAGAAAGGGGCAGAUAUCAAUGCUCAGGGAGGAUUUUAUGGCAAUGCUCUCUACACUGCUUCUUAUAUUGGACAUUUGAAGAUUGUGCAACUACUACUUGAGAAAGGGGCAGAUAUUAAUGCUCAGGGAGACAAUGGCAAUGUUCUCCAGGCAGCUUCAAAAGGCGGACAUCUCGAGAUUGUGCAACUACUACUUGAGAAAGGGGUAGAUAUUAAUGCUCAGGGAGGAUAUUAUAAUAAUGCUCUCCAGGCUGCUUCUCAAAACGGAUAUCUCGAGAUUGUGCAGUUACUACUUGAGAAAGGGGCAGAUAUCAAUGCUGAGGGAGAUGGUAGUCUCCAGGCUGCUUCUGAAAACGGACAUCUUGACAUUGUUCAAUUACUAAUCGAGAAAGGGGCAGAUAUCAAUGCUCAGGGAGGAUAUUAUAAUAAUGCUAUCCAGGGUGCAUCUCAUAGUGGACAUCUUGAGAUUGUGCAACUGUUACUCGAGAAAGGGGCAGAUAUUAAUGCUCAGGAAGGAUAUUAUAGUAAUUCUCUCCAGGCUGCUUUAGAAGGCGGACAUCUCAAGAUUAUAAAACUACUACUCGAGAAAGGGGCAGAUAUCAAUGCUCUGGGAGAUAGUAGUAGUGCUCUCCAGGUUGCUUCUGACAAGGGAUAUCUCGAGAUUGUGCAAUUACUAAUCGAGAAAGGGGCAGAUAUCAAUGCUCAGGGAGGAUAUUAUGAUAUUGCUCUCCAGGCUGCUUCUUAUAAUGGACAUCUUGAGAUUGUGCAACUACUACUCGAGAAAGGGGCAGACAUCAAUGCUCUGGGAGAUAAUAGUGUCCAGGCUGCUUUGCAAAACGGACAUCUCGAGAUUGUACAAUUACUAAUCGAGAAAGGGGCAGACAUCAAUGCUCUGGGAGAUAAUAGUGUCCAGGCUGCUUUGCAAAACGGACAUCUCGAGAUUGUACAAUUACUAAUCGAGAAAGGGGCAGAUAUCAAUGCUCAGGGAGGAUAUUAUAAUAAUGCUCUCCAGACUGCUUUAGCGGGCGGGCAUCUCAAGAUUGUGCAACUACUACUUGAGAAAGGGGCAGACAUCAAUGCUCAGGGAGGAUAUUACAAUAAUGCUCUCCAGGCUGCUUCACAAGGCGGACAUCUCGAGAUUGUGCAACUACUACUUGAGAAAGGGGCAGACAUCAAUACUCAGGGAGGAUAUUUUAAUAAUGCUCUCCAGGCUGCUUCACAAGGCGGACAUCUCGAGGUUGUGCAAUUACUAAUCGAGAAAGGGGCAGAUAUCAAUGCUCGGGGAGAUAAUGGUAAUGCUCUCCAGGCUGCUUCAAAAGCCGGACAUCUCGAGAUUGUGCAACUACUACUUGAGAAAGGGGUAGACUCGGAGGAAAAGAUCAUCAAUCCCAAGCCUUAUAGGAUUCUCCGGACAAGUCAGCCUGCAAUGGCUACUGAUACAUCAGAUCUGAACUUGGAUGCCCCAAGUGACCUUCAGGACAUUCCAGAUGGGGAUAUGCAACUGCUUCCCCCCCCUGAAGCAACUUAUCCAGACAAAGCAACCCUUCUAGCAGCGGUGCAUGCUCACGGCAAAGCUCACGGUUACAGAGUCGUUGUCAAGUCCUCCAGUACUCCAAAUGACAAAAAGCCAGGCCGGACAUCAAAGGUCUGGCUCCGUUGUGACCGUGGCGGCCAGUAUCGCCCGCGCAAUGGACUCACAGAAGAAACGCGGAAGCGAAGACGCACAUCGCGGUUGACGGAUUGUCCAUUCUCGCUUCUUGCGGCUGGUACGCCGGGUUUUUGGACGUUAACCGUAACUGACCCAACGCACAAUCAUGGCCCGGUGAUUGAGCGGCCGCGACCAGUUAUACAGAAAUUUAAGAAAGGGCAAAUCGCGGCUCAGCCUUAUGAUUGGCCUCAUGAUGCUUCUUUUACGCCUUUUACGACUGCGCUUGUCAUUAUUGAUAUGCAAAAGGAUUUUUGUGCACCUGGAGGAUAUAUAGAGUAUCAGGGAUAUGACAUUUCUGCCUCACGAGCAAUAAUCCCUAGGCUACAAAGCCUGCUGCAAAGUUUCCGAGCUGCUGGGUUCCCGAUAUACCAUACACGAGAAGGCCAUCGACCAGAUCUGUCCACCCUCUCAAGUCGAGAAAACCAUCGAUCUCGCAACAAUCCUUCUUCCCUGGGUAUCGGCUCUCAAGGACCAUUAGGCCGGCUCUUAAUCCGUGGAGAAGUGGGACACGAUACAAUCGACGAACUCUACCCACUCCCCGAUGAACCAGUUAUCGACAAACCCGGUCGUGGCGCAUUCGCUCAUACAGAUUUUGAGUUAUUGCUACGCAACAAAGGCGUCAAGAAUCUUCUUCUCACAGGUGUAACGACAGAUGUCUGCGUAUCUACAACGAUGCGCGAAGCAAAUGAUCGAGGCUUUGAUUGUGUCAUUGUAGAGGAUGCGUGCGCCGCUACUGAACCAUCAUUGCAUACCAGCACAUUGGAGUCCAUCAAAAUGGAAGGUGGGAUUUUUGGAGCUGUGACCUCUUCGGAGGAUGUGAUGCAAGCUCUGGAUACGUUCAAGAGCGUCACUGUGAAGAAACUGGCGCCUCAGAUGGCGGCUCAGAUGACGACUUAG